CAAGACGUGGUGGACAUGGACAAGGAAAGCUGCUGCAGCUUUGGAGAGGCCGAGGCAUCCGCUGGUGAGGUGGACGAGCAGUCUCAAGUCGUCGGCGAAGUCCUGAGGAUCAAGCAGGUCUUGGACAACAGUCGACACGAGGUCGCGCGCAUGUAGACUGAUAACGGGUCACUGCCAUAUUGAUCAUUGAGAAUCUGAGAGCACGCGUAAUCUUAACUUGUUUUGUUUCUCGUUACGACAGUCCGCUUUGGCGCUGUGCGAAUCACUGCGAAGACUCUGGUCGAUGGCUAUUACUCUGGAUAUCUUGGAGGUUUGAGUAGACUCUUUCGUAUAGAGUUCCUCAAGCACAUUGCCAAAUAGGCUUUCGAGUAUCUUGCUUGUGAUCUGUUGCACGAUUUCGCUUGUUGACUGUUCAGCACUAAAAUUCUGACCAUCUGCAGAGGACUAAGAUCGGGAUAAGUGUCAACAGUCUCCGUAGAAACUGCGGAUCGAAGCAGAUUGCUCAGCUUGCGGACAGCAUCACAGUGUAUGGUGUUCCUUAUCAUUCUCAUCCCGCGUGCAAGACCGAAUUAGCUUUCGAAAAAGACGACAUUUAUAUUGCUGUCACACGGAGAAAUGAAACAAAUCGCUCUCGCUGACUGCUAAUCAAGCACAUCUUUUCCAUUGCUGAACAUCAGAGAUCUUUAGAGUCAGUUUGCACCGAUAAUCGAUGAUCAUUUCUCGGCAACUGUAGAUGAUUUGGCCCGGUUCUCGGAUUAUCCGAGAUAGAAACACCCAUGUUUUGCAUACCAAAUACUCGGUUGAUAGUAUAGGCAUAGAUGCUUUAGCAACUUCAUUUUAUUUGAGUUUUAAGAGCUUGGAUUCUCUUAUAGUAGAUCCAAUUCGAUCGUCCUACUGGACAAGAAACAGAUAUCAACUCACUUCUUGAUUCUUUUCAUUGCAGACAAUGGAAGGCCAUGGUGGAUGGUGAUGGAAAUCCUUGGAAAAUUAGGGAAACGAACUCUGCGAUCCAGAAACCGAAGCAGCAGCAGCUAGGGGUUGUGAAGCCCGGCAGAUCCUCGCAAACUGGCUCGAGGACCGCCCCUUCUGACGAGAUUGCGGCUGAGAAGUUUGAUAAGGAAAGAAAGGCUCGACCGGAAAAGCCGUACGAAGUCGCCAUGCACAACAGACAACUCACCAGCCAAAAGGAUAAGCUCAAGUACUUGCAAGAGGUUGCAAUGGAAAUCAAAUCCGAAGCCGCCAAGAGGAGGACCCAAGAACGAUAUCCGCAAGAAGGAAAUGCUAAGAAGCAGCAGGCCAUACAAGUUUCGGACUCACCCCAUCUCCCGAAGCAGGUGGCGAGCGAUAAGGCUCAAUGCUCGAGCACCGAAAAAUCUCAUAAGCAGCGGACGAAGGGAGAGCGCUAAAUCCCAUGGUUGUGAAGAACAAUCUUCCGAGGGCUUCUCCAUUCUCUUCUCGAUCGGUGGAAAUUUUGGUAAAAUCUGCAGAGACAGCAAUCUUAUUCCAGAUGGUAUUGACUCUACAUUCUGAAAUUCAGAUGACUGA